AUGGAUUACAACUCGAUUGUUUUUCGCGAGUUUACACACGAAUCAUUACGUCGAAUUGAACGUUAUCGUCAAGAGGAAGCUGAACGUAUUGCAUCCGAACGAUUACAACGUCAAACAAUCCAUGAAGAUGAUAGUGAUCAACAUCAUUCAACAGGAAAACCACCCAAAUACGACCCACCUCAUCCAAAACAAAAGCCUAAUAAAGAACUGGCUGUUGGACAAACAUUACCACGUGUACUACAAACAAAAUUUCCUGCCGAACUUAUUGGCAAACCCAUUGAAGAAAUUGAUUGGUAUUAUCGUACUGAAUAUGUAUUUGUAGUUGUUAAUCGAAAUAAAACAAUAUUUCGAUUUAGUUCUACACCAGCUUGUUUUAUAUUUUCUCCAUUUAAUUGUUUUCGACGUUUAGCUAUACGUAUAUUAACACAUUCACUUUUUAGUACAUUUGUUAUGCUUACUAUUUUAACUAAUUGUAUAUUUAUGACACUUAAAAAUGUACCGGAAACAAAUGAAUAUGUUUUUACAAUAAUUUAUACCCUUGAAGCAUUGACAAAAUGUGUCGCACGAGGAUUUAUUCUUAAAAAAUUUACAUUUUUACGUGAUCCAUGGAAUUGGCUAGAUUUUAUUGUCAUUACACUUGCAUACAUAACAUUUUUUGUCAAUUUGGGAAAUGUUUCAGUUCUUCGAACAUUUCGUGUAUUAAGAGCUUUAAAAACUGUUGCUGUCGUUCCUGGAUUAAAAACUAUUGUUGAUGCAUUAAUACAAUCUCUUAUUUGUCUACGAGAUGUAACUGUUCUAUCAAGUUUUAUUCUUUCUAUAUUUGCAUUGGUAGGAUUACAACUUUAUAUGGGUGUUCUUCGACAAAAGUGUGUACCUACUUAUGAAUCAUUUUUUAAUAAUUCUAAUAUAACUAAUAUUGCAUAUAAUAUGUCGUUUGAAUUAUAUGCUAAAGAAGUUGAUAAUGAAAGUUAUUGGUAUCGAGAAGAUGAAGUUUUUGUUCUUUGUGGCAAUUCAAGUGGAAGUAGAAAAUGUCCGCAGGGUUAUGUUUGUUGGAAAGAUCGAGGCGAAAACCCGGAUUUUGGAUAUACAAGUUUUGAUAGUUAUGGUUGGGCAAUGCUUUCAUGUUUUCGAUUGAUGACACAAGAUUAUUGGGAAAAUCUUUAUCAAUUGGUGCUGACAGCAGCUGGUCGUUAUCAUUUUCUAUAUUUUGUUGCUGUUAUAUUUUUUGGUUCAUUUUAUUUGGUUAAUUUAAUCUUAGCUAUUGUUUCAAUGUCUUAUCAAGAACAACAAAAAAAAGUUCAUGCAGAAAAUGAAGAACGUGAAAGACGUAAAGUUGCAGAUGAACUUGAACAACAAAAUGAACUAGCACAUAAAGCAUCACUAUCAAUCGGAUUCUUACAUACGGAUCAUGUACAAUAUCCUGAUAAUGCAUUAGUUUUUGAAAAUUCAAAUCGUAAAAUAUCAUGUUCAAGUUUUGCAACUGUAUAUGAACAAAAUCAAAAGAAAAAUAAAUUACACGAUAAACAAUCACUUCAACCAUUACCAUUAGUAUUUCAAUUUGAUAAUACAAGUGCAGUUUAUUCGAAUCCAACAACAAAUGAUGAUAUAACAAUACCAUUUUUGGAUGAAUCACAACAUAAUUCUAUCAGAGAAGAUAGAAAAAGUCAACGAACAAGAAAUGUAUCGUUUAUAGAUCGUAGUAAACGAGAUAAUGAUUCAACUGUUACACUUUAUCAACCAAAACCUCAUAUAAAAUAUGGUCCAAUUACUGAAGUUUUAGCUCCUACAGAGUUGGACGCAACAAGUACACGAUCAGAAAAUAUGGAUACAACCAAUGCAUGUGAUCGACCAUUGGUUAAACUUCUACGAAUUUAUUGUUACGAAUGGGAUUGUCAAAUAGCAGGAUUUAAAAAAUUUCAAGAAGCUGUUGCUGUUUUUAUAUUGGAUGCAUUUGUUGAUUUAUUUAUAACAAUAUGUAUUGUUUUAAAUACAUUAUUUAUGGCACUUGAUCAACAUGGUUUAAGUGAUAGAAUGACACGAAUAUUAGCUACAGGAAAUUAUAUUUUUACGGCUAUAUUUACAACAGAAGCUUUACUUAAAAUAAUUGCUAUGGCACCAGUUAAAUAUUUAAAAGAUGGAUGGAAUGUAUUCGAUUUAUUUAUUGUUACACUUAGUCUUGUUGAAUUAGGUCUUGCGAAUAUAAAAGGUUUAAGUGUUUUACGUUCAUUCCGUUUAUUACGUGUAUUUAAAUUAGCUAAAUCUUGGCCAACAUUAAAUCGUCUUAUGUCAAUUAUUGGUAAAACAAUAGGAGCUCUAGGAAAUUUAACAUUUGUUCUUGUUAUUAUUAUAUUUAUUUUUGCUGUUAUGGGCAUGCAGUUAUUUGGACAAAAAUAUACAGAAAAAUAUGGUAAAGAUGUGCCAAGAUGGAAUUUCUGUGACUUUUUUCAUGCAUUUAUGAUUGUUUUUCGUGUACUAUGUGGUGAAUGGAUUGAAUCAAUGUGGAUAUGUCUUGAAUGUGCUGGAUGGCCAUGUUAUCCAUUUUUUCUAUUUACAUAUGUCAUGGGAAAUCUUGUGGUAUUAAAUUUAUUUUUGGCUCUUUUACUUGCAUCAUUUGGUUCAAAUGUUCUUCGCGAAGGGGGAAAUGAUGAUGAUGAUAAUAAAAUUGGUGAAGCUAUAGAACGUAUUCAACGAUUGUUUCGUUUUAUAGUUAACUCUAUAGUUCAUUUAUUUUGUCGUAAAAGACAAGAACAAGAAAGAAUGAGACCUAUUGCAAACAUUACUGAUGAAAAUUUAUUCUAUAAUCGAUCUCCUUCGUCUACUAAAAAACGAUUACAAUCCAUUGUCCCUGCAUCAAUAACAACACUUGAACAAGAUAAAUCAAAUGGUUCAUUGUUUUUAACUAAUAAUUCAAUGAAAAUAAAUGAAGAUAUUGAAAUGCAAUUGAUAAAUAGUCAUUCUAAUACAUUAUUAACACAAUUAGCCGAACAAAAUCAUCAUAUAACACCACCAGAUUGUUUUCCGAAAAUAAUUUCGAAACAUUGUUCUUGUUGUUCUCUAUGUAUUCCAAAAUGUGUUCAACGAAAAUGGAAAUUAUUACGUAGUAAAGCUCAUCGUCUUGUUGAACAUCGUUUUUUCGAACGACUUAUUAUUGCAAGUAUAUUAGCAAGUAGUACAACUUUGGCUUUAGAAGAUAUAAAUACUCGUCAACAACCCAUAUUUCAUAAAAUUUUAGUUGUACUUGAUAAAAUUUUUACAAUUAUUUUUACUGUUGAAUUAAUAUUAAAAUGGUUUGCGUAUGGAAUAACAAAAUAUUUUACCAAUGGAUGGAAUUGGUUAGAUUUUGUUAUUGUAAUUGUUAGUGUUCUUGGUGUUCUUCUUGAUUGGCUUGGUGUAGCUGAUAUUCCAGCAUUUAAAUCAAUGAGAACAUUAAGAGCUUUACGUCCAUUAAAAGCACUUUCAAGAUUUGAAGGAAUGAGAGUUGUUGUUAAUGCGUUAAUUGGAGCUAUUCCAUCAAUUUUUAAUGUUUUACUUGUUUGUCUCGUAUUUUGGCUAAUAUUUUCAAUCAUGGGUGUACAAUUAUUUGGUGGUAAAUUUUAUAAAUGUGUAUAUGUUGAUACACAUGAUCGUGUUAAUUUAACUGAGAAUGUUACAACUAAAAUUGAUUGUUUAACUAAAAAUUUUACAUGGGAAAAUUCAAGAGUUAAUUUUGAUAAUGUUAUUAAUGGUUAUUUAGCACUAUUUCAAGUUGCAACUUUCAAAGGAUGGAUUGAAAUAAUGGCUGAUGCAGCUGAUGCUAAAGACAUCGAUGUUCAACCAGAAACUGAAUGGAAUGUUUAUAUUCUUACUUAUUUUGUUAUAUUUAUUAUAUUUGGUUCAUUUUUUACACUAAAUUUAUUUAUUGGUGUCGUUAUUGAUAAUUUCAAUACACAAAAACGAAUAUUAAGAGGUGGCGGUUCAAUUGAAAUGUUUAUGACAGAUGAUCAGAAAAAAUAUUAUAACGCUAUGAAAAAAAUGGGCACAAAAAAACCAACAAAAGCAUUACCAAGACCACGAUUUGCUCUAGCAAGAUUCUUUUUUGAUUUAACUACAAAUCAAAAAUUCGAUAUAUUUAUAAUGAUAUGUAUUUUUCUUAAUAUGCUUUGUAUGUGUCUUGAACAUCAUAAUCAAAGUGACACUUAUGAUCAUGUUCUUGGAUAUAUUAAUAAUUUUUUCGUUGCCAUAUUUACUGUUGAGUGUGGUAUGAAAUUAAUUGCAUUAAAUUUUAAAUAUUUUACUAUUCCAUGGAAUGUAUUCGAUUUUGUCAUUGUUAUUGCAUCCAUUCUUGGACAAGUAUUAGGAGAACUUAUGGCAAAAUUUUUUGUUAAUCCAACAUUAUUACGUGUUGUUCGUGUAGCACGUGUUGGGCGAGUCCUACGUCUUGUUAAAGGAGCUAAAGGUAUUCGAACAUUACUUUUCGCAUUAGCUGUUUCAAUGCCUGCUUUAUUUAAUAUUGGUCUUCUAUUAUUUCUUGUCAUGUUUAUCUAUGCAAUAUUUGGUAUGUCGUUCUUUGCAUAUGUACGAAAGUCAGCUGGUGUAACAGAUUUAUUUAAUUUUGAAACAUUUCCUAAUUCAAUGAUUGUACUUUUUCAAAUGUGUACUACUGCUGGUUGGUCUGGUGUUUUACAAGCGUUAACAAAUGAUAAACCACCAGAUUGUGAUCCAUAUAUAAAAUCUCCAUCGAGUAGAGGUGAUUGCGGAUUAACAGCUAUUGCAAUACCAUUUCUUGUUAGUUAUUUAAUAAUUAGUUCACUUGUUGUGGUUAACAUGUAUAUUGCCGUAAUUUUAGAAAAUUUUUCACAAGCUCAAGAAGAUGUACAACAAGGUUUAACUGAUGAUGAUUAUGAUAUGUAUUAUGAAAAAUGGCAAUAUUUAGAUCCAUCUGGUUCACAAUUUAUACGAUAUGAUCAAUUAUCAGAUUUUGUUGAUGGUCUUGAAGCACCACUACAGAUUCCAAAACCCAAUCAAUUAUUACUUGUUGCUAUGGAUUUACCAAUAUGUGCAAAUGAUCUUAUGCAUUGUGUUGAUAUACUUGAUGGUCUUACAAAAUAUUUUCUCGGUACACUUGAUGUACCAGCAGCAAAUGCAGAAACAGAUGGACCAAAUGAUAUGAGAAAAGAUCGUCCGAAAGAUUAUCAUCCAAUAUCAUCAACAAUUCGACGUCAACGUGAAAUUUAUUUAGGUCGAAUGGGUUUAAAAGGUUUUCGAUCUAAUGUUGACAAACGUCGAUAUGAACGAGAAUGUCGUGAACCAAUACUUGAACGAGCUCAAAUUGAUGAACUUAUUGAAUUAGAUGAAUUAGGAACUCCAAGUUUAGAUUUACAUCAUAAUCAUACUUCAAAUUUAAUAAUAAGAAGAUUAUCAAAACAACAACAACAAACAACUGAUUCUAAUAGAUCAUCGACUUGUUCUUUUGACGCGAGAUCAUCAUGUUGA